CAAGCUGAGCCAACCAUGACUGGCAAAACACAGACCAGCAACGUCACCAAUAAGAACGACCCCAAGUCCAUCAACUCCCGCGUCUUCAUUGGCAACCUGAACACGGCCAUCGUCAAGAAGGUCGACAUUGAAGCGAUCUUCUCCAAGUAUGGGAAAAUAGUGGGCUGCUCCGUUCACAAAGGCUACGCGUUCGUGCAGUACAUGAGUGAGCGCCACGCACGAGCGGCGGUGGCCGGGGAGAACGCCAGGGUCAUCGCGGGCCAGCCGCUGGAUAUCAAUAUGGCAGGAGAACCGAAACCGUACAGACCAAAGCCUGGAAAUAAGAGGCCCAUUUCUGCGCUUUACAGACUUGAGUCAAAGGAACCUUUCCUGUCAGUUGGUGGUUAUGUCUUUGACUAUGAUUACUACAGAGAUGACUUCUACAACCGGUUGUUUGACUACCACGGCCGCGUGCCGCCGCCGCCCCGCGCGGUCAUCCCGCUGAAGCGGCCCCGAGCGGCAGUGACGACCACCCGCCGGGGAAAAGGAGUUUUCUCCGUGAAAGGAGGAUCGAGGUCUGCCGUCAGCGGGUCUUCUUCGUCGGGCUCGAAAUUGAAAUCAGACGAGUUGCAGACAAUCAAGAAAGAAUUAACCCAGAUCAAAACUAAAAUUGACUCCUUGCUAGGGCGCCUGGAGAAGAUUGAGAAGCAGCAAAAGGCGGAGGCUGAAGCUCAGAAGAAGCAGCUGGAAGCGAGUCUAGAGCUGAUCCAGGACGAGUGUGUGUCGGAGAACGCGGACCACUCCGCGGAGGAGCCCGCAGAGGGAGCGCCCGACGCCGACGGGGAGGAGCUGACCGACGGCGUGGAGGAGGACUUCGACGAGGACGGGGCUCACGAGCUGGUAGGAAACAGUGGCAUGUCCGCAACCCGUUCGUUCUAA